CCUUGUUGUUUGUUUAUAGUAAACUAGUAGAUUUUUUUGCAUUGAAUAAGAAGGGAAAUAUCUGUUAUCCUUAAGUGUUUUAUUAAUAUCCUCAUAACAGGAUGAGGGCAACAAACAUUAUUUUUAUAUUACUAACCAUUUCUCUGUAUGCCUCAUCAUGUAGGGCAAAGAAGCACUUCUUUUUCUCCUUUUACAAAUUAUUUGAUUUCCUGCAAAAGGAUGGCCAAGCCAACAAUGGCACACACACCAACAAAACAUUGGAGGAAAUGACAGAUGAGUUGGGAGUCAGUCGGGGACGUUGUUUGUACGAGUUUAUUUCGUUUGUGGGCUAUGACGAUAUGGAAAUGUGUUCUCCAGAUGAUGAGUAUAUACUACAUUUGCUCCCGUCGCCAUCUGCAACUGAAGUACCUCGAAAACCUCCCAUUAUGGUGAAAUGUCUGCUGGAACAUACCCUCAUUGGCAACGAUACGAACGAAUUGAGAAUCAUGAACUCUGUGCAGGAGAUAGUCGACUUGCUAAAGCCAAUUGGAAACAAUACAAAACGCUAUCAGCCCGGUAGUUGUGUAGUGGUUUUCUUCUAUACUCCCACAUGCCUGGGAUGUUCUUUGCUGGCUACUCCCAUCUCCAAGUUGCCUUAUGCCUUUAAAACUUUACCCGUGGCUGCCAUAGAUGCUUAUAAAUUUCCCAGCUUUAAUACAGAAUUUGGUAUUGUGGCUUUACCCACUGUGAUGCUAUUUCAUCAGGGCCGACCGGUGGUCAAGUACAAAGGCCAGGGCAAUUGCAAUGCCUUUGUGACAAGGCAUACGGGCCUAAAACCAGCAGAUGUGCCGAAAAAUUUGCCAACGUCGCCCUUAGUUUUUAGCCUGGAGAAUCGUACAGAUUAUGUUCUCAUUAUGGCUUGGCUGUUCAUUCUAUCAUGCGCCGGCUAUUAUUUUGCCCAAUCACGUUUGUGUACUCAAAUCGUGGAAAUGGUUAAGAGAAAUUGGAGAGAAUCAGAAGAGCUGGAACACAAUAAUUAAUUUAGCUAGCUAACCAACUAGGUGGCCACAAUACAAGAGUCACAAAAGCACAUGUAAUUCGAAAUUUAAUUUAUUAUUAGUUUUUGUUUUUAUAAAAUUUAUGAAAUAUGAAUAUUGUGAUCAAGGUGUAUGUAUUUUCCUCUUUUUUUAAAUUAAAAAUAUGAUCUUUUUCAUCUUAA